ACUUUUGAAAAGCCCUCAUUUUAAUUCGUUUUCAAUCCAUUUACUGAUUUUCUGUUCAACUCUACUGAAUAUGAGUGCCAUUCGACCAGGUACUGCAUCACGUUUGAAGACAGCUCAGACACAAGGUCAGCUUGGUGCAUCGUCUCGUUUAACGACUGGUUUAAGAUCAGGCACACAAAGUGGUGGUUUCGGUGCAGCAAGUUUAAAUACAAUGGUUUGUGUUGAAGAGAGACCAAUUACGCAACAAGGUUUAGGAGGAUUGAAAAAUGCAAUCCGUGGGCCAAAACGUCAAAUAGAAGAUAAAUCUUACUUUCUUGGAUUGCUGAGAGGAAAAAUCAAUGAAGUGAACACAGAGAUUGGGACAAUUACUCGUCAGUUAAUGGAAACUGAACAAGAAAAUGCUAGUUUUGUGCAAUAUGAACAAAUGGCUGAAAAGUUAGCUUAUGAAAUUAAAGAAUUACAGGGAGAAUUAGGUGAUUAUAAUACUCUUGUUGAUAAAGCAACGCUUAGUGAUAACAUUACAAGUAUAGAAAUGGAUUGGGAAGAAGUACGUGUUGCAAAUGAACGUGCUGAACGAAAUUUAGAAACUCUAUUUGAAGAUCGUCAGAGAAGAGAACUAGUGUUAAAAUCAAGUGAAUUAGAAUUAAAACAAGAACAACAAAUGUCUGAAGCAGUAAUACAAGAAAUGGAUGAUAAUGAACGUGAAAGAUAUUUAAAAUUAAAAGAUUUAAAUGCGCAUUUAUUAAAUCAGUUGAGUGAAGGUCAAAUUGAACUGGAACGAUUAAAUACAAGAAAAACUGAACUUGAAGAAGAGUUGGUUACAUCACCGAUAAAACAAGAAGCAAUGCAUCUUUUUACACAACUUCGGGAAGUUGAAAGUAGACGAGAUCAGUUAUUAGCUGAAGAAGUGUCUAAAGAAGAUCCACAAAAAGAACGCCAGCGUUUAUUACAACAAGUUCGAAGUGAUAAUCAAGAAAUUGCAGCAAUCGAUAAACAAAUACAUGAAAUCCAAGAGAAGAUGACAAAUAAAGAAGAAGAACUAAGAUUAUUAGAACAAGAAUUAGAUGAAAGUCGUAAUGAAAGAAGUCAAAAAUAUCGUGAACUAAGAAAACGUGAACAUCAAAUCGAUGAAUUUUUAAAAACAUUUGAUAGUGUUAAGUCUUUAGAAAUAUCUGGAAUUAGUGAAUUAGAGUCAACUAUUGUUGAAAUCUUAGAAACAACAUCACGUUAUAUUACUAAUUUAAAUCAAAUGACAUCAAAUUUGAAUAUGACUGGCAAUUUAGACUUAUUGUCAUCAUCAUCAGCAACAGCAGCAGGAACGGUAUCAACAACAGUGAAUUUGUUACGUGAGCAACUCGAUUUUAAAACAAAUGAAAUUGUUAAAUCUGAAGAGACUGUGAAUAGUUUAGCAAAAGAAAGGUUACGCUUAAAUCAAGACUUGUUGAAAGUUGAUCAUUUAGAGGGAAAAAUAACCCAAGAAACGGAAACUCUCAGAAAACGUAUUGCUAAAAUGGAGGAAGAGGUUAUCAUUUUCAGUGAUUUAGAUAAAGUUCGUGAAGAAGCUAAUUUCAAAAGACAAACUGUAAGUUUUUCUCAAUGGAUAUUAUUCUCUUUUGUUUUAAACCCGUGGUAAAAGGAUUCUACGUUAGUCUUUUCACCUGUUGUAUUCACUUUUAACCAUAAGUUUCUUUCAUAAGAUAGCUUGAAUAGUAGAUGCUUUUAAUUGUAACCAGGAGCUGAGUUCAUUUAGAGAACCAAUGGAAACCAAAGAGUAUACGACAGCUAUUUCGCCCCAUCCUGUGACUCUUCAAUGGUACGCUCCCAUCAGGGUUCAAACCUAGAACUGGUUACAAGCCACUAGGACACGAUUCACUGGGCUAUGAAUUCCAACUUUUGCCAACUCGCAAUAUAUAGUGCAAUGGCUAGCCAGUGUCAUCAACAGGUAAUUGUCCUGGUGACUCUAAACUAUAGCAGCCCAAAACGAAACUACCCAAUGAACGGAUUAAUGACCUUGGGCGACCAGCCAGAUGAGUUCGUAUUAUAUAGGCGGAAUUAUGGAUGAUGUGCAAGAAUUACGCAGCAAAUUCCAUCCAAACCUAGUACCUAAGUACUGCUUGUAAGGGAGAAAACGUGUAUCCAACUGUCGUCCCUGGACUAUACUCAUAACGGAGUGAAUAAUAUGGACGACUUCGUUAAUCCUUUCGAUGAGACUGACAUAAAUUCCGCUGAAAGUUCCUAGAGUCAUCUAAAAAAGAUGAUCGGAACGGUAAAUGAGUCGCGAAACACGAUUACUUACAGUUAUCUCAAUGAAUUUACGUAUAGAAAUUGGUUUAACCUAACUAUGAGGAUUCAUGAGAGAAAUUGGAAGCUUUUCUUGGAACACAUAUAAGGAAGUUAUUCUAUGGAACUACUUCUUACUUAUAUAUAAAACUCUUUUCAAAUUACACUUUUGCUUCUGACUCGUCUGAUUGGUCGAUACAGAUUCGUCAGGGUCUGUAUUAGGUUGUUUGAUUUUGGGCUGUUAUAGCUUAGAGUAACCUCUGUCCUGUUACCUGACUUGGAAGAACACAGUGGGUUCGAACCGCAGUGAUUGCAUACUGACGAAGAGUCCCAAACGAGGAUGAAACGGCUGUUCAGUACUUCCUGAUUGUUUCUGAUAGUUUUUUAACUGAUGUCAGCUGGUGAUCAAAUUUGAAAUCAUUAUUAUUCUUCUUGGCAAAAGACUGUAUUUCCCUCAACAUUUUGGUUAUCUGUUGUUUUUCAUUUUCCUUUCUUGUUUCAAUUUUCAGUUGAAUGCAGAGAAAUCCCGCUUAAAUGUCUAUCGUGAUAAUUUAAACAAACUAAAUCAGCAAUUAGCUACAGAAUAUUCGAAUUUACAGACAAAUUUAACUGGACAGGAUACACAUAUGCAUUUAACAAAUUUAGAACGUCGUUGGGCACAAAAUGAACAAAUUAAUUAUAGUUUAAGAGAAUUUAUAGCAAAUAAACGUUUAGAAACAGAUCACACACAAUUAGCUAGACGUGCAAUGCAGCUAGUUAAAGAUUAUAAUGAAAAUUUAAAAACUUCUCUUGAGUCUAAACCUGUGAUUACAUAAUCAUAGUUCGGUGUGUGUUGCUGGGAAUAAUAGUAAUUAUAUCGUGUACAUGCAGAUAUUGUUUGUCAUUCUCUUACACUGUUUUAUGGUUGUUGUAUAAGCACGGGUAUAUACUUGUAAUCAGUUAUUCUCGGAUUUGUUCAAAGGUAUUGGCAAAAUUAGUCGCUGUAUCUGUUUAUGAAAAGGAAGAUAUUAUAUUUUAAGUGUGCGUCGAUGGUACACCGGUACAUUGCUCACCAAGCACGCUGGUGGUCCGGGAUUCAAUCUCCCGCCGACGGACUCUUUUACCCCGCCAAGCCAGUAAU